CUAUUCCUUUAACUGAAGGUGUUCCUAAAGCCACAUAGUCCACCGCCGUCAAUAGCGCACGCAGUUUUUCGGGGCGGACUUUAGGACCAUGGAGAGUUCUCCCACAGUAGCGAGCGCACACAGCGCGUCUUGAAGAGGAAACCCCCACAGGAGCUCUUGCUGCCGGAUACCUGAGACAUCUCACACCGUCCCUUUCCUCGCGCCGCAUCCGAUCGACGAGCGCACGGCGCGCCAAGGAAUGCGCAGGACUGUCCGCUGGACGAGGGCGCGCGGUCACGCCAUGGGCCCCCCUUCAUGAGCGUUUCUAUUGCGUUGUGAUACCGUAAAGUCAUAGAGACCCUUGGAAACCUUUUGAAUUCUCCUUCAAGCAUCCUCUGUAUCGGAAUAAACUCAGCUGGUGAAUUUGUCUUCGGAUGGAUCAUUUGGUCAGAUUCCCCAUUCAUCGUGAUGCGCGCUCGCUCCUUUUUCAAGUGUCUUAUUGACUGACCGUGGAUCAAUUUUUGGACGUGGGCUGACGGGCGGUGAAGAAGAUGACAGCUCUCAACCCAGUGCUGUUUCUGCUCUGCGGUGUCUCUGUGUCUAUGACCCUGAAGGUUGUAUCGAAGAGAGGCUCAGUGGACGGCUGCACCGAUUGGUCCGUGGACUAUCUUAAAUACCGGGUGUUACACGGGGAGCCGGUGCGGAUAAAGUGUGCUCUGUUUUAUGGUUACAUCAGAGCCAACUACACCCAAGCACAGAGCAUUGGACUAAGCCUUAUGUGGUACCGUAGUUCUGGUUUGGGUCAUGGUGAUUUCGAAGAACCCAUCUCUUUUGACGGGGUACGGAUGAGCAAAGAGGAAGACGCCAUCUGGUUUCGACCAGCCGAGCUGCAGGACGCCGGUCUGUACUCCUGCGUUCUGAGGAAUUCCACAUUUUGUAUGAAGGUGUCUAUGACUCUGUUGGUUGCUGAUAAUGACACAGCAGGCUGUUAUAACUCAAAACUGCGCUACAGUGAGAAAGCAGAACUGGGCAAGAGUAAAGACAUCUCCUGUCCUGAUAUCCAGGAUUAUAUUCAGCCUGGAGAGAAACCGCAGAUAACGUGGUACAAGGAAUGCAAUGUGCAGCAGUGGAGGAGCAGUGUGUUACAGUCUGUGGACAUGCUGUCCAUACAGGAAGUGAGAGAGGAUGAUAUCGGCAACUACACCUGUGAGCUUGUUUUUGGAGGGUUCCAGGUGCGACGGACGACGUACCUAGACGUGACAGCUCCUCUGACUGAAGAGCCCCCCAGGAUUCUGUUCCCUUCUGAAAACAAGCUUCUCACCAUGGACGUUCAGCUCGGAAGCAUGCUGAACCUGACGUGUCGAGCAUUCUUCGGGUACAGCGGUGACAUCAGUCCGCUCGUCUACUGGAUGAAAGGAGAGAAGUUCAUAGAAGACAUGGACCAGAGUCGCAUUCGAGAGAGCGAAAUAAAGACCAUCAGGGAGCACCUGGGUGAACAAGAAGUGUCCAUUACUCUGACCAUUGAUUCGCUGGAGGAUGGCGAUUUGGGUAAUUUUUCCUGUUAUGCAGAAAACGGCAACGGGAGACGGCAAGCCAGCAUACAGAUUGGAAAACGAGUAGAGCUAAUGUACACAGUGGAGUUGGCUGGUGGAUUGGGUGCGAUUCUUCUUCUCUUGGCUUUGCUGUUGUCUAUAUAUAAGUGCUACAGGAUCGAGCUGCUGCUCUGCUAUAGGCAUCACUUUGGUGGAGAAGACACAGAUGGAGAAAACAAAGAAUACGACGCCUACCUGUCCUACAGUAAGGUGGAGCUUGAUCAGUGGGGUCAGGAAAUACAGGAAGAGGAGCGCUUUGCUCUGGAGAUCCUCCCGGACGUCCUGGAGAAACAUUACGGCUACAAACUCUUCAUCCCCGACCGAGAUCUAAUCCCUACCAGCAGUAUGUGCAGAACGUGUGUUAUGUGUAUGAGCAGUGAUCAUUACCAGGAUGACACACAUCUUCUUAGAGCGUACAUAGAGGACGUCUCUCGCUGCAUAGACAUGAGUAAACGACUGAUCAUCGUACUGACCCCGAGCUACGUGCUGCGUCGCGGAUGGAGUAUAUUUGAGCUGGAGUCCCGUCUGCGCAACGCUCUGGUCUCAGGGGACGUCAAAGUGAUCUUAAUCGAGUGUGCCGAUCUGCGAGGAGUCAUUAACUACCAAGAGGUGGAGGAGUUAAAACACUCCAUUAAAUGCCUGAGCGUGGUGCACUGGAACGGCCAGCAGAGCAACAAGCCCGGUUCGCGCUUCUGGAAGCAGCUUCGCUACACCAUGCCCUACCGCCGACCCCAGCAAACCCUGACCAAUCACGCGCUGGACACCGGCGAACCCACCCUCUUCGCCGACCUACAGACCGUCUCGGCCAUCUCCAUGGCCACGGCGACGUCCGCCGCCAUGGCGCCGGCUCACCCCGAGCUGCGUCCGUCCCUUAGGAGCUCGUACCGCUCGCAUUCGCUGGCACGGCAGAAACACUCGCAUUACCGCACCUACGACUACGAGCUGCCCUUCACGGCCGGAGGCACCCUGCCGCCCCAGCACACCUACUGCAACCUGCCGCUCACCCUCCUCAAUGGUCAGCGGCCCGUCAACAACAAGACCCUGCGCCCCCAGCACAGCCUGGACGAGCACCAUGGCAACAACGCGAUGCUCCCCCUGCUGCCAAGAGAGACGAGCAUCUCCAGUGUUAUCUGGUAAUACCAGGACCAAGACGAAAAGCAUGUCCAGUUUAAGCUGCUGUAUCCAGACCGGGCUCACGGGAGACUUAAUACGCUCAUGUGGCAGGUAUACAGCACGGGACACACCGAGGUUAGUGGGUUCCUGUGAGCAAAACGAUCAUUCUGUCUACGGUAAGUGGGUCUGAGGACGUCUUACCCGCUAAAUCUUCUUCUGGGCAUUGCUCCAGCAGCGAGGGAUUACAUAGUGCCAUACCAGUUUUAUCUUGCUGGGACUGUAGGCGUGAACUGAGCAUUCAAAGUCACACCACACAGAGGUAUACAGGGUCUCGUGUAGAUGUUAGUGUUAUAUUUGUAGCACCACCGUCUUCCCGUCUUCUCGUUUGGUUUGAUCUCGCCAUCCUUAUUUUUAGCAUUCAAUGCUUUCCUGUCCUUUGUUCCUUUUCCUUUUUUAAGUUGGACGUGGACAUUUGAUGGAGAUGCAUUUUUUUCUACCUGUUAUUGAAGAUGGACUGAAAUAGCCUAUGAUUUAACUACUGUCAUUUUGCUCGAAAGCUACUGCGUUUCGUUCCGUCUCCGUUUCCGUUGUCCAACGUAAGGUACGUAUUAAUGGUUUUAAUUGCAGAUUUAUCAAAAAGAAAAUAUAUCACAAAUUAUGCAAAAUAUACGAAGGCCUAAAGGAUGGGUUGAUGGAGGCGGUGCUGUCUUCUCUCAGCAAACGUGCAGGAGGAACAGCACCCUUUCUCAAAUACUAAAGGGGAUUUUAAAUGAUGAGAAAUCUAUUUUUAUAUCUGAAGAGUGCUGUUUCUCUCUAAUACUGUAUCACAGGGUCAUGGGACUAUGGGACUGAAGACUCUUAUUUGUGAAUCUGGAUAUUUUAUACUGUUUACUAUAUUGUCCUCAUCUAUGGGGAAAACCCCUGAAAUGUUUUAUGUUAACUUACGAAACAAUAACCGAUUGCAUUUUUAUGUUUCGUUUCUUUCUGUUGGUUAUUGGGUUUCAUUUAUUGAUACUUUGGGUGGUUCACAGGCAGACCUUUUCACAUUUCUAAUCCGUUUAACUCUCAGUCUAAUGUCAUAACUCACUGGAUAUAUGCUUGUCUUUUUCUCUCCAGCUACUGUGUAACUCAGAUACAUGCUGGCAUGUUUCACAGGGAAACACAGGCCUGUAAAUGUACAUUCUGUCACAGAGUGUAAAUCUAAAUAUCACGGCUUGAAUACAUAAAACACACCAUAUGGUUUAAUAAAUGCCCAAAGUCAACAUUAUGUAUUUGUUGUAUCUUGUCUUAUGGCAGCAUGUACUGACUUUAAGGGGGGGAACAAAGUUAGAAACAAAGUCAAAAUAAAAUCGUUUUACAGUAAGAGGUCUAACUGUAAAAAAAUCUGAACUAUUCCUGUAAGUUUCUUUCUGUCUUUUUUUAUUUGAAAAAUUUGCAAAUUAUGUUGCAAAAAAAAAGGUUGUUUAUAAAAUGAAUUAGAAUUAUGUAUGAAUGUUUACCUCUUGAGUAUGCAUAGAGACUAGUUGUGUAUCCUGAUUUGAAUAUUUACUGUAUUAUGAACAACAGCUAUCACAGAGAGAUGUGUAAUCUCUCUAGAGGCACAAUCAUUUUUCUUUUAUAUUGUUUCUCACUGUGUACAGUAAAGUCACAAACCACUAAAAGAUUUUUGUGUGUGUUUGCGUGUUUGUAUGUAUGCAUGGUUAGAGAGGUGUCACCAUUUAACAUCAGCCCUGAUCUUUUGGUCUUUGUUUUAGGUUCACAUGAGUUGCUGAAAGGAAUAAUCCCCCUUGCACUUUUAAGCAAGUUACUUAGUACUGAAUGCU